GCUUGGGAAAGCAGGGUUUAGAUUGGACAUCCCACAAUGCACCGCGGUUCACGUUAGCUAGACGUUUCCAUGGAGACGCAGCAGUCGCUGACAAGUGCUCCAAAUCUGCCUCUUGGAUGAAAAGGUUUUACAAAUCCAGAAACGAGCUGUGUGUCAAGCCCUGGGUAGCACUACAUGGGGAAUUCUGAAGCCCAGAAAACCAGUCACUCAGUUCCUUUCUGUCUUGAGGACCAGCUGGAGAGAUGUCUCAGUUGCCAGCUGAAGACCAGGCGGAGUUGCAGUCCCUGCUAAAGCAGCUUCUGAGAACCAUCAACGACAGGAUCUCUGGUGCCCCAUCGACCGAAUGUGCUGAGGAAAUCCUCCUUCACCUGGAGGAGACUGACAAGAACUUCCACAAUUAUGAGUUUGUCAAGUACCUCCGUCAGUAUGUGGAGAGUUCACUGGGAAGUGUGGUGGAAGAAGAGACCAAGGACUUGACCAGAGGAGAUGGGCAACAUGCAGUAGGCUCAGGUCAUGACACCUUGAUCCACGCUGUCACCCGGAGGACCAGAGACUCAGCUGAGUACCAGCAGAUGAUGCUGACACUGAAGAACACCAUGAUCACUGUGGUGGAGUCUUUAAUCAGCAAAUUUGAGGAGGACCAGAUGAGGAAGGAGGAGAUGCAGCACAGUCAGUCCAACAGCCAGUACACUGACAACUGCUCUGACAGCGACUCCUCCUUCAACCAGAGUUAUGCAUUCAUCAGACAAGAGCAGCUGCAAGUGUUGGCAGAAAAACUUGACUCCAGUAGACCCAAAGAGGUGCGCUGGGAGGCUCUUCAGGUCCUGUGCUGUGCUCCUCCUUCUGAUGUGCUGAGUUGCGAGAGCUGGAGUGGCCUGCACAGGAACCUCUGUGCAGCUCUGACCGACCCCGAACUCGGCGAUCACGUACUGCAGUUUUAUGCUAAAAGUUUCUCUUCUUCUCCACUGAAUGUGACCCGAGAGAUCUACACCAGCUUGGCUAAAAGUGUGGAGUCAAGCUUUCUGUCUCACAAGCUAAGCUUUCCAACUGGCUCAGCUGCCAUCGACAUCAACAGACCUGAGAUCAGUCGUCUUCUCAAACAGAUUCGACUGAUGAACGACUUUCAAAAGGAGGUGACAACCUUUUGGAUCCGCCAUCCUGAGAAGUAUAUGGAGGAAGUGAUAGAGAGCACCUUCUCCAUGCUGACCUUCCACCAUGAGCAGGGCUCAGCCUCACCAGGGACAGAGAAAACCCUUGAACCCAUUCACCUACUGGCCUUACUGGACGUUAAAGCCACCUGGUUUAAAAAGUGGAUGCAUGGAUACUACAGCAGGACUGUGGUUCUCAGACUCCUGGAGAGAAAAUACAAAUCUCUGAUUGUUGCAGCCCUCCAGCAGUGUAUCCAUUACAGUGAUUCCUGUGAACGUUUCAUGAAUGAGACAGCUGAUCCAGGGUCAGCAGAGCAGCACAAUACUGGUUCAGCCCAGAGGAGUGUUUAUACGGCAGAGGAGCUUGAAUAUGCCUUCUUUGUGCACUCGCUGUGUGUCCUGGGCAAAGUGCUCAUCUACACCAACGGGAGAAAACUCUUUCCCAUCAAAGUGAGGAAGCGCAAAGAUCCAGUCAGCCUGACAGACCUGGUUAUUAUCCUGAUCAACAUCAUGUACCAACACCCCAAACCUUCACACAGUGACUCGUCACGCACAGACGCCCUGUCGCCCAGUGGUCUGGCCAUGGAGGUGCUGUGGAUGCUGUGUGAGAGGACAGAGUGUGCAGCAGAGUGUCUCCACCAGACCCCUGUAAUGGAGACGCUGCUGGCUCCUGUCGUAGCUCUGCUCAGUGGACAGCAGGUUCAAUUAAAAUCUCCUGCAGCAACACUUACUCUCGUCGCUGACGUUCUGGCUCGCAUCGCAAACACUGACAGAGGAUUAGCUCUCUUCUUAUACGAGAAGAAUGUCGCUGUAGCCCACACUGAGAGAACCUGCGCUGCACAUGUCGUUGUUCAGUUCACCCUCAGGCUGCUGGAUAAAGAGCUGUCGUCACUGAGCGACUCGGACGUGUCCCAUAUGUUAUGUGGAGCCUUCAUCUUUGUCUGUAGGCAGAUAUACAACACCUGUGAGGGUUUACAGGUCCUCCGACCCUACGGCCUGCACAAGGCUGUAGCCGCUGCCUGGAAAAAGACCAGCAUCUUGUCAGAAAGGGUUCCGACCCCGGUACCUGGAGCCACUGCUGGAGCAUCCACCCAGGAGCUGCAGAACACGCUCAUCUGGGAGGAGACGCUAUUGGACAGCCUGCUGAACUUUGCUGCAACUCCUAAAGGCCUGCUGCUGCUCCAGCAGACAGGAGCCAUCAACGAGUGCGUCUCGUACAUGUUCUCUCGCUUUACUAAAAAACUGCAGGUGAGCCGCUGUGAGAAGUUUGGAUAUGGUGUGAUGGUGACACAGGUGGCAGCCACUGCUCCAGGGGUGGCAGCUUUGCACAGUUCAGGUUUCGUGCGGGCGCUGGUGGUAGAGCUGUGGUCUGAUCUUGAGUGCGGCAGCGAAGACGUCAGGGUGGUCCGGCCCAAGCCCACGCCCAUGGACCCCAUAGACAGAAGCUGCCUCAAGUCCUUCCUGUCCUUGGUCAACCUGCUCUCCUCCUCCCAGUCGGUGUGGGAGCUCCUGGGCCGACAGCCUCUGGCCAACAAGGGUGAAUACACCCUGAGAGAGAUGCCAAGCUCCAUUCCUGACUUGAUUGACAGGCUUAUUGCUGUGAAUUCAGAUGCGAAGAUUAAUUCCCUGUUCCACUAUGAGCAGUCUCACACAUUCGGCCUGAGACUGCUCAGUGUGCUCUGCUGUAAUCUGGACUCCUUUCUGCUGCUGGAGAGCCAGUACAACAUCUGCUCCAUGCUGCUGCAGAGUCAGAGGGAGAACAACACUGAGACGGACACUAAUGAGGGAGAGUUCAUCAUAGACGGCCUGUCAGUGGAGAGGAAUCACGUUCUGGUUCGGGUCAGUGUGGUGGGAGGUCCGUCUGAGAGGAAGCUUCCUCCUCGAGCACUGCAAGAGGGACAGGAUCCCUACCCAUGGCCCAUGUUUUCAAGCUACCCUCCCCCUCGCUGCUACACGUCAGACCAACCAAAGAUCCACCAUCACUCGCAGGACUCUGAGUUCAGUGAAUUUCUGGCAUCACUGAAAGAAUCGGAGAACGAAGAGAGGUGGAUGGAGAAGUGCCGGAGACUGUACUGCAAAGUCAUGACCUCCAAACCCGACAUCUUAACUGGAAAGGUGCUGGCUGACCUUCUGGACAAGGUUGUGACCCAUCUAUCCAAGUGUUCCACCGAGUGCUUCUUCCCUCCUCCUCAGUACAAAGCAGAGGAGAAGAGUGCGAAGAGUGCUGUGUUAUCAUUGGUGGAGCAGCUGGGAAUCAGCACCUGUCUCAGGUACGGCGGCUACCUCAAGCUGCUGAAAGAAGACGCUGUGAACGACUUGACGCUGCUGCUGAAGCACGUUAAGACCUUCUUGUCUGCACAGAGAGUAAAAUCUGCUUCAGAGCUCAUCACUCAGCAGGAUGGAUAUCCAGGCCACGACUGGCUGGCCUCCACGCUGUUCCUCCUCGUGGCUGGAGACGUGAACCGGGCUCUGAGUUUGUUACUCAACCUGUCCUCUCUGCUCACCUCUGCAUUCAUCUGGCCAGCAAGGAUACAUGCCUCUGUCCACGUUCCUGUGCAAGCAGCUGAAUCAGGAAUCCCUCCAGCUUACUGGUGCACGGCGCACUAUGUGGAGAUGCUGCUGAAAGCUGAAGUUCCUCUGGUCCACUCCGCCUUCAGGAUGUCUGGUUUCACGCCAUCACAGAUGUGCCUCCACUGGUUGACUCAGUGCUUCUGGAACUAUCUGGACUGGACAGAAAUCUGCCACUACAUUUCCACCUGUGUGGUGAUGGGUUCUGACUACCAGGUCUACAUGUGCGUGGCCAUAUUCAAGCAUCUGCAGCCGGACAUCCUGCAGCAAACGCAGUCCCAGGAGCUGCAGAUCUUCCUCAAGGAAGAGCCAAUCGAGGGCUUCAAGGUCAGCAACUACCUGGAGUUCAUGGAGGGACUGGAGCACAGCUACAGAAGUGUUGUUCUCACUGACAUGAAAACCAUCCGAGACCCCGUCGAGUGAGAGCGCGUGGAACUUUUCUGCAUUACAGAGAGGUUCCUGGACAGCUUUUGAUGCCUUGAGCGUGCAUCGAACGCCACUUCCAACAUAGCAUUUGUCCCAGAAGCCUCCACUGUGGGCUGUGACUCACUGAACACGCGUGUUUAUCCUGUUUUCAUGCUGAUCAAAGCGUUCACUGAGCUCAUACCCGGCAGAUGGGGGAUGUAUCAUGGAUGAGAGCCUUGCUGUCAGAAUGAAGAUGGAGAUCUGUUGUCCUCAAAGAACAAACAAGUCCACAGCAACUCUACAAAAGCCUGGAGAGAACUGAGCUCCGUAACUCAUGUUUGUUCCAUGAAAUUAAAGGAUGAGGUAGGCAAUAUUCUAUAAUUUCCUUCUUGUCAACAAAUCACUCAAAAAGGCCAAAACCAACAAUGAACUGAUCCUACUAAGUAGUAUUUACUUUACAUCCAAAGCCUGAUAUUACUCCUCUGUGCCACAGAAAUCCAUCAUUGUGAAGGUUUUCGAACUGAAUCUGGAGGAUCAGUAACGAUGCGUUUAGUGUCAAAGUGAAGACCAGUUUGUGAGAGCUGAGGGACCGAGCAGGAUACAGCAGACAGGAAUAUGGCGGGCCCUCUGGUGUCAGAGGCACGUUGACAGUGUUGGUGUAAUUACUCUCACUGCCAGAAGGGGGAGACAUAAGUUCCACACUGCAGGUUUAAGAAAACUGGAGAAUAACCUCAUCUUUAUUCUUUCAUGGAGUCGCAGGUUUAUAACAAUUAUCCAUAAGAAGUUGUAUAUGAUGUAAAUACUGUAUGUGAUGGCAAUAAACGGCUGCUGUUAGAUCUAAUAAUCAGAUGAUUUAAUUCAGUAAUGAGUUUUCCCCACAGUGUAAAUAUCCAAGAUGUGUGUGUUAAAAGAAGCACUCAGCUGUGAAUGGAUUCUGAUAAAGCCUGAAACAACAGAUGCUCUGUGAGAUGUAAUGUGAUUGUCCGGACAAAUUAACAACCUUCUG